GCGGCCGCAGAACCUUUCUGGCGCGUUAUGGCGCGCUGCUUAGAGCGUCACUUCCGGCGACUUGCAGGAGGCGGGAGAGUGAGGGAAAGGCUGGAAGACGAGGUUUUGGUAACAAAGGUCAAACUCAGGACCUUGAGCUUUCCAGGAAGGCUGCGGCACCACUGAGCCUGCAGGAUGUUUCCUCAGUGAGAGGAAGGCUAUUGCACAAUGGCAGUGUUUGAUACUCCUCAAGAGGCUUUUGGCAUCCUACGUCCAGUCUGUGUUCAGCUCACAAAGACCCAGACAGUGGAGAAUGUGGAACAUCUGCAGGCACAAUUACAAGCUGUGAGUGACACUGCCCUUCAGGAACUUCAGCAGUACAUCCUCUUCCCCUUACGAUUUACCUUGAAGACCCCAGGUCCCAAACGAGAGCGCUUGGUCCAGAGUGUGGUGGAAUGCCUCACAUUUGUCCUCUCUUCAACAUGUGUGAAAGAGCAAGAGCUUCUUCAGGAACUCUUUUCAGAGCUUUCUACAUGUUUGUAUUCUCCCAACUCCCAGAAACCUGCUGCUGUGUCAGAGGAAUUGAAAUUGGCUGUAAUCCAGGGACUUAACACCUUAAUGCACUCAGCUUAUGGUGACAUCAUUCUGGCCUUUUACAAGCCCUCCAUUCUGCCUCGUUUAGGAUUUGCUGUAUCUUUACUGUUAGGCUUGGCAGAACAGGAGAAGUCAAAGCAAAUUAAAAUUGCUGCCUUAAAAUGUUUACAGGUUCUGCUCUUUCAGUGCGAUUGUCAGGACCAUCCUAGGUCUUUGGAUGAGCUUGAGCAACAGCAUCUGGGGGAUUUGUUUGCUUCUUUUUUACCUGGAAUCUCAACUGCACUGACCAGGGUUAUCACAGGAGACUUUAAACAAGGUCACAGCAUUGUGGUAUGUUCCCUAAAGAUCUUUCACAAGACAGUGGGCUUUGUUAUGGCUGAUGAACAGCUCAGAAGACUCUCAAAGGCCCAAGCAGAGCCUGUAGUUGAGCAUAGAAUUGCAGAGCUAAUGGUUCAUAGAGAAGGAGAUUGGGUAAAAAAUACUAGUGACAAGUUGGUGAUCCUUAUUAAAAAGAUAAUUGAGUGUGUUUCAGUUCACCCACACUGGAAGGUAAGGCUAGAGCUGGUAGACCUUGUGGAGGCCCUUCUUUUGAAGUGCAGUCAGUCACUGGUCGAUUCUGCUGGUCCCCUCCUGAAGGCUUUAGUGGGCCUCAUAAAUGAUGAGAGUUCUGAAGUCCAAGCCCAGUGCAAUAAUGUUCUGAGACAAUUUGCAGAUCAAAAAGUAGUGGUGGGCAACAGAGCCUUUACAGACAUCUUGUCAGAAAGCCUGCAUUCCCUUACCACAUCUCUUCCCCGCCUAAUGAACUCCCAAGAUGAUCAGGGCAAAUUCUCUACUCUCUCCUUGCUACUUGGUUAUCUGAAACUCUUGGGCCCCAAAAUAAACUUUGUCCUCAACUCUGUAGCCCAUCUCCAGCGACUUUCCAAAGCACUCAUCCAAGUUCUAGAACUAGAUGUUGCUGAUGUAAAAAUUGUUGAAGAGCGGAGUUGGAACUCUGAUGACCUGAGUGCUUCUCCAAAGACCCCCACUACAUGGCAAGGAAACCAAGUCCAGAGAAGAUAUUUCCGCUUCUUCACAGAUGAGAGAGUUUUUCUGCUUUUGCGACAAGUUUGUAGGCUUCUUGGUUAUUAUGGGAACCUUUAUUUGCUUGUGGAUCACUUUAUGGAACUGUACCAUGAGUCUGUGGUUUACCGGAAGCAAGCCACCAUGAUCCUUAAUGAACUGGUUACAGGGGCUGCUGGAUUGGAAGUAGAGGAUCUUCAAGAAAAGCAUACUAAAACAAGCCCAGAGGAACUGAGAGAGAUUGUGACAUCUUUACUUGAACUAUACACUAGCCAAGAAAACUGGUAUUUGGUUACCUGUAUUGAAACUGAGGAGGGAGAGGAGCUAAUGAUGAAACAGUCAGACCUCCAGGCAAUCACGUCUCGUGUGCACACCUGCCAAAUUAUAUCUUUUCCAGCCUUCUCAAAGCCAAGUCCCACUAUUUGCUCCAUGAACAGCAACAUCUGGCAAAUAUACAUCCAGUUGGAAGGGAUUAACCAGUUUGCAUAUGCACUAGGAAAAGACUUUCAUUUGCUCUUGAUGUCAGCCCUCUAUCCAGUACUAGAGAAGGCUGGAGACCAAACCCUGCUUAUUAGUCAGGUGGCUACCUGCACCAUGGUAGAUAUUUGUGUUGCUUGUAACUAUGACUCCUUGCAGGACCUAAUCAAUGAAAAUUCAGACUAUUUAGUGAAUGGCAUCUCCUUAAAUCUCCGCCAUCUGUCUCUGCACCCUCAUACCGCAAAGGUUUUGGAAGUCAUGCUUCGGAACUCAGAUGCUACCCUGCUUCCUUUGGUGGCAGAUGUGGUUCAAGAUGUCUUGGCCACCCUGGACCAAUUUUACGAUAAGAGAACUGCUUCCUUUGUCAGCAUUCUGCAUGCCCUGCUGGUAGCAUUAGCCCAGUGGUUCCCAGAAACAAGUUACAUCGGGCAACCCCAAGAUCAAAGUUUAAAGGAGGAGGGAAGUUAUUUGCACCAAACUCUUAAGAAUAACACUACAGCUGAAGACAUUGAACAGUUUGUGCUAGACUACCUCAAAGAGAAGGAUGUGGCAGACGGAAAUGUCUUGGAUUUUGACAGUGAUGAAGAGAAGCUGUCAGUCCCUCCAACGUUGGAGGAGAAUGACACUCUUCCAGAUGUGGAACCACCACUUCCAGUGCAUAUCCAGAUAGCCAAGGACGUGAUGGAGCGCUGCAUUCACUUGUUGUCAGAUAAAAAUCUGAAGAUCCGCUUGAAGGUCUUAGAUGUGCUGGGUUUAUGUGUGAUUGUUCUGCAAUCAUAUAAGAACCAGCUGCUUCCCUUGGUUCAUCGGGCCUGGCCCUCACUCGUGCACCGACUCACAAACGAUGACCCCCUGGCAGUGCUCAGAGCCUUCAAGGCUUUGUGCACCCUGGGAGGCAAGUGUGGUGAUUUUCUUCGGAACCGGUUCUGCAAAGAUGUCCUACCAAAGCUGGCUGGCUCCUUAGUUACCCAGGCUCCCAUCAGUGCCAGGGCUGGACCAGUUUACUCACACACCCUGGCCUUCAAGUUGCAGCUGGCUGUCUUGCAGGGUCUAGGCCCCCUCUGUGAGAGACUGGACUUAGGUGAGGGUGACCUGAAUAAAGUGGCUGAUGCCUGCUUGAUUUACCUCAGCACCAAACAGCCCGUGAAAUUACAAGAGGCUGCCAAGAGUGUCUUCCAACACUUGAUGAAGGUAGAUCCGGACUCCAUCUGGUUCCUCCUAAAUGAGCUUUACUGCCCCCUGCAGUUCAUACCCCCUCACCCCAGCCUGCACCCGGUGCAGCUGCGGGGGUUCUCUGGGCAGCAGAGCCUCUACUCGGCCAACGUGCUCUACCUGCUCCAGGAGCUGCAGUCCCCACCCCUGUGUGAUGGGCAGGCCCUGCCUCCUGGAAAGAGCACCCCACACUGCCAGCCAGAAGUUGAGCCAACUGUACCCCAGCAGCAGAGAUGAAUGUGAAGGUGGAUUAGACAGCCAAUCAAUUGAUCGAUCACAUAACUGCUUAGAAAUUGGAUUGAAGGAAAGUACCUGACUGUUACUUAUAUUUCAUUCCUCCAGUUUUCAGAUGACAUUGUCUCCGGGCUCUAAGGGUUUAACUCCUUAGCAUACCAUCUCCACAGCCCUACCUGCCUCACAGGGUACAAACAAACACACACACAGACACACACACACACACCCCUGAAUGAUUAGGGGUGGGUAAAGCCAACCUGAGUGCUGGAUGUGUCUGGACCUUGUUUAAAUGUCACACGUCUAAGAACCUUAAGAAUGUAACUGUGCCAUCACAAAUACAUAGAUUGGCCCCUCUGCAUCCACACACCAGUCCCCUCUAAUAAUGAAAUAGAGCUAAUUUGUUGUACCUGACCUGUUAUUUGGAAGAAAAUGAAGUAGAUAUGUCUUGGAUGAAAAGUGUGAUCAAGAGCUCACUUUGAAGUUUGUUAUUUAAAUUGGGUGAUAUUUUUAAUGAGUUUAUGUUCUUGAAUGGGUAAUAAAGAACUAUGGUACAAAAUCAAAGCAGUGCAAAACAGAAAACAGUGAAAAGUAAGCCUCCCCUCCCCAUUUCCCAGCCAUCUGGUUUCCCUCCCUAAAGGCAACCACUCACAACAAUUUUUCAGAUACCUUUUAAGUAGGGGAUUAGUUUCUUAAUUGGUUACUAUGGGUAUAUAAAGAAGCCCAUAUACCCAUACCCUGGCUUCGCUGGCUAUCAGCACAUGGCCAGUCUUGCUCCAUCUAGACCACUGCUCAUUUGCUUACUCCUCCAGGCCCCUGGAUUAUUUUCAUGCAAAUCCUAGAUGUCUUAUCCAAACAUUUUUGGAGGGUUCUAUUUGUAUUUUACAGUACUGGAGAUUGAGCCCAGCUUCACACAUGCUAGGCCAAGCACAGUACUGAGCCCCAGCACUUUUUUUGAGACAGGAUCUUGUGAGUUGCCCAGGCUGUCCUCAGACUUGUGAUCCUCUUACCUCAGCCUUUCAAGUAGCUGGGAUUAUUGAUGUAUGCUAUCACACCUGGCUCCCAAACUCUUUAAAAUGUUUAACCACAAUACCAUUAUAAUGCUUUUUAAAAUUUAACAAUGAUCCUUUCAUAUCUCAAGUAUUAAGUCAGUGCCUCAGUUUGCCCAGCAUGUUUGAAUCAGGAUCAAAAUAAGUUAUAUAUAUUGUUGGUAUUGAUGUGUCCCUUAAUAAAUCUUUUUGAAUUUAUAGGUGUCCCCUCUACCUCCCUUCCCUUUUCCUUGUAAAUUUUUUGGAGAAGAAACAAGCCCUUUAUCCUACAGCAUUUCCCACUAUCUGGAUUUACUGAUGGCAUCCCUAGAGGGUCAUUUCAUGCAUUUUUCCUGUCACCUAUAUCUGCUGUAAAUUGGGAGGCAGAGCAAGAAUCUUGAGUCAGAUUUGAUUUUUUUCUUGGUUAUGUGUUUUGGCCUAGUCCCUCCCUAGAUGGUAUUACUCCCAUCAGGAGGCACAUAACAUCUCAUCUCUUACAGUGUAUUAGCAGCUAUUGGGGUGUUCUACUGUCUCCAUCCACUUUUGGGAUUGCUAGCUAUUGCUCUUCUAAUUCCAGCGGGCUGGCUUACAUUUAGCCACAGUGCUCAUAUAAAGGGAAUUUACCCUUCCUCAACUGUGUGGUAACCUGGAACUACUGUUUGUAUAGAAAAGGCAGAAUAAAUACUUGACUUUUUUUCUAGCAGAGGAAUUUAACACAGAUUAUGUAAAAGUAGGCAUAUAGCCACACUGCCACACAAACACCGACACACACUGAAGGAUCCUGGGAAUGAUGACCCUCCUUCACCAGAUGCACAGGGACAUCAGCUAGACAAAUCUUCCAGUAGCAUAGAUAAUCCCCAAGCUCUUCAUGUGGACACAUUGGAAUAAGGGACCCCAGCUAGUUCUAGAGAGGUUCGGUGAUUUUCCUUUAGGGUCUACCGUGCCAGGGCAGUGGGAUGUCCAGCUUGGGUCUAGUUGGCAGCAGCCUGGCUCUGGUCUUCCUCUGCUGGUGAGCUACUCUCCUCUCUGGGCCUCAGUUCCCCAGCUAGAAGAGUAGUGAAAUUAGACCAGAGGGAGUGGUCCUAAUCUUUGGGGGCUGGGCACCUCCAGGCAUCUGUUGAAAUAUGAGCACCCACUCCUCAAAGCUCCUCCUCCUGUCAUAUAGGAGGGCACUGCAUCCUGCAUAACUGACCUCACAGAAUUCUAAGUGCACUCUAUAGAGACUAUCUGUGACCCCAAACUAAGACCCUCUGAAAGCAUGCACUAUCAUUUAGCUCUCCCAGCUUUAAAGUUCUAGGAUGAUCUCCUUUGGGAAAGGAAGAAAAGUGCCUCUAAUUGAGAGAACGGUAAAAAGAUUCACAACAUUGUUUCUAACUCCGCUGGGGACACAAAGUGAUAGGCUAAUUCAAUCUCGGCCCUGACAAAUGAGAAAACAGGUCAGAGAGGUGGCGUGACUUGCGGAGCAUUACGUGGCUGCUCCCCAUGAGAUUAAAGCAGGCUGCCUUCUCAGAGUGGCUGGGUGUGGCAGGCAGGCCAUGGUGAGUCCUGAGACGCCAGGGCAGAUGCACACACACACAUCCUAAUCAACAGGCUCUGGGAAAGCACUCCAGGAAGUAAUGAGCACAGGCUGGUUUGCCAUGGUGUUCCCAUAGUGUUCCACCUCUUUCUUAAAGAGUUAAGGUGUCCUGAGUUGCUUCCCAAUUCCUGAAGACAGAUUGUGCUUGAUUAAAAAAACAACAAAACUAAUUAGAGCACCUCUCCAAUUAUAUUAAGACAACUUUAAUUUUGAACCCAUCCAUCUGAUUCAGUCUAGGCCUUGUUAACAGAGGCAUCUCAAAGUGCUCCUUCCCCUCUAUUCCAAUUCCCUGGAAUGGUGGCUUCUCCUUCCCUCUAAGGGAGAAAAGCAUUAGUGUGGCUGUGGCUGGGCUUCAGGGUAGGUAAAGGAGGAAUGGACAGAAGCCAGAAGGCCCUAACUAAAUUUUAGGUGGAGAUAUUUGAGCUGUGCUCUGCCAGCAGCAGAAGGUUCCUGGAGCAUUCAGGAAAGUGCAGAGCUAGAUCCAGGGCAUCCUGUCAUGAUGGCUGGGAAAGGAUCAGCUGUGGUCCUCAGGAGGCUCCAUACUGUAGAAAGUGUGGAUGAUUUGGAGUUCGUUAGAGCUGGGGUUGAUUUCUGACUACCUCUGACCGCUGUGUGGCCUUGGGCAAGUCAUUUUACUUUUGAGAUUGAUUUUCCCAUCCCUAAAAGAAUUGCUGCCUUUGCCUCUUCCAGCAGCUGCAUAGGAAAGAAAAGAUGCUGCAGUGUCUAUAAAGCAACUGUCACAGUGCCUGGGGCUCUACCUGCUUCCCAGCUCAUUGGCUAUGGCUUUAUCAAGGAUGCACCACAUACUCCUCCAGUGUAGCUGAGGAAGUUUAUAGUUAACUCUCAGCACAAACCACUCCAGAGCUAGAGGGAGCCCCAGUAAGGAGAGAAUCAAAGAAGGCUUCUAGGAGGAGGUGAAGUCCCAUAGGACAGGUAGACUUGGCAGGCAGAGAGGCUCAAAGGCAUUUCAGACAGGGAAAAUUAAUAAACCUAAGGCAUGCAGGCCUAUCUGAUUUGUACUCAUCCCGGCUCCUGCUGGAAGUGACAGAGACCAAAUGAUUUGCUUGAGCAAAAGGAAAGUCAGUGCACAGAACCAAGAAGCCGGCUGGCUCCUGGCCCCACAGCCUCCCUGUCUUUUGAUCCCACUUUCCCUGGUUGCCUUCAUUCUCCAGAAGCCUCUCUUGAUAAAGUGUCAAUGAUGGCAAGCCAGUAGUAGUUCUAGGCUUAUGUUCUUUCAACUCAACACACGUAAGAGGGUCCAGGAGUUUGAGAUCAGGCUGGGCGAUAUAGUAAGACCUUGUGUCAAAAAACAAAAACACCUAGGAGAGUGUGUGCCUCCUUCUGGCAUCUCCAGCUUAAGUCCCCCAAUCUGCUCCUAUUAGCUCACCCUAUUCUUUGUCCAACCCAAAACUAAGCAUUGUCUGCCUGCAGGGCCCAGCAAACGUGCCCUGGAAAGGGCCAGACGGGAAUCUGUUCAGCUUUGCAGGCCAUAGGUCUCUGUGUCAUGUUACUUUUGUGUGUGUGUGUGUGAUCUUUUAAAAGUGAAAAUCAUUUUUAGCUCAGAGGCCUGACAAAAAUAGGCCAGGGGUUUGCUUGCCACCACCCCCACCACCCCUCCUGCCAAGACAAACCCUGGUGUACAGCAUUCUCAUGGGCAGGCCUGGAGGUGGGGUCAGGCCAGCUCAUUCUAACCAUGUGGAGAAAGAGUUGAGGUGGUGUGGUUUCCCCAAAAGGAAUGGCUGUAUUUGGCUACCAAGAAAAAAAAUGCCAGAGUAAGGAAGAGGGGAGAAUGGCAGGCAUUCUCCACCCCACAUCUGUGGCACAGCAGUCUGGGGGGUGUGCGUUAGGAGCCACAUUCAUGGAGGGUCCCAGCCUUAAGGGAUCAAGCAGUGGCCUUGGAAGGUUCUUGAGUGGGUGAGUAAUGUAUUGAAAGGAGCAUUUUAGGAAUAUUCAUCUCAUGACGGCAUAUGGGAGGACUUGGAAGGAGAGAGACUGGCAAUGAAAUUGUGUUUCUGAAAGUCCGAGGAUGAAAAAAUGUACCUCUUCCAUCAACCCCAAACUGUUUGACAUGCCUUGGUUCAUGAGCAACUUGAGGCACAUAAAUAUAUGCUUUAAAGUUUAAAAGUAAGAAGUGAGAUGAAUGGAUCGUCUGAUGAGGCUUCCUCCAGCUCCAUCCGGAGAGUGCAGGAGCCCUGGAAAUGAUUUUCUGCAGCUCCAGCUGUGAUGAACAAUGCAGGGUCCCUCUCCCUUUGUGUGGCUCACCCCAGUCCUCUGUGUUGGGCUUGAUUGGAAGCCAAGUACCGGCAUUGCCUUUCCUCCAGAGUAGGGAAUAGAGGCCAAAUUUCGUAAAAUAAUUCUGAGUGAUGGUGGACUCUGUCGAAGCAUUGAUUGCUUUAUAAAUGGCAUUCUUCUCUCUGCACCCCCGCCCCCGCCCCCCACCACUGAAGUUUAGAGGCAGCGGCUUUUCAAAUUACGCUUGAAAAGCAGCCUGAUUUCCCACAGGAAUUAUCUCCUAGAUUAGGAGCUGUUCUACCUUUUCUGACAAUUUUACCCAGAGUGUAAAGCCUGUCUGCAAAGGGUGAGGAAGGAGCAGUGCCCUACUCAUUUCAAAGUAUUCAGCACCAGCCAUUUAUGAAAAGGGCUCACAAUAGUCCUAGCCCCACAUUGGGGGCCGGCUGCCUCUGCAGCAGGAAAGGGUUAAAAAGCACUGAUGAAUGACUGCCUCCACCACCCCCUUCCGUUUUCCCUCCUUAUGUAAUUUCCCAUUCUUUUUGCACAACAGCUCCUGGGGUCUCAACCUGCUCUCUCAAUCAGUACCCUCACGUCCUCAGCUUCCUCCCACACAGGCGGGCUCAGAAGUAAGGAAAGCAGCUUUCAAAAUCUCUGGCCGUUUCCAAGGGAAGAGUUGGGAGGGGGUGGGGGUGGGGCUGGAACUGAAGUAGUGGAGAAAGAGUCCCAAGUUUCUUGAAAUAAAACAUUGACUGCAUUCUCCAUGACUCAAGUGUGCAGUGGAGACAGACCUACGUGCACCUCACCUCCUGUUAGCCCCAUCCCAUGUCCUACCCCACAGACCCCACCGGCUGCUCUCCUGCCCUGAGCAGUGCCCUGUUCCCUGGAGGAGCUCAGAGAGGCCAGAAAUAAGAAUCAGACUAUGCCAAAGAUCAGAGAUCACCUCAGGCACUCCCUUCCCUCCCUGAGCCUCAGUUGCCCUGUCUCCAGGUGGAGUUCGGAGCAUUGUUCUACCCUCUAAAAUAUCUGUGAUUUGUUUGCAUCAGUGUUGGCAGUGUGAGAAGCAGUUGUGUAAAUUGGUACUUUUUGGAGGUCACUUGGAUGGGGCACACAAAGGUUCACACACAUAGGCUAUUCACUACUAUGUUCGUAAUUUACAAAAACCCUCAAAUAUUGAAUGACCUGUAUGUGCCAGGCAUUAGGCUGAGGGCUUUACAUUACUGUCUCAGACUGAAAGUGGAAAUAGCAAAUAAGCCAGUCAUGGGAUUUAACCAUCCAUCCAAAAAAGAUGGAAACACUUCCUACACACACACACACACACACACACACACACACACCUGCCCAACACAGAAAUGCUGCUGAAUUCUACUGAGAAAUGGUAUAUCAAAAACCAGGAAAUACUGCUGUGAAGUAUUUGCUUAAUGUAAAUGUAAAAUGUUUUAAGUAAGAGAAGAGGUUGAGGGAGAACAGGAGUGGACUGGUUGAAUGGACAGUGGUACAUUCUUGUAACAGCAUGCUGUGCAGCAUUAAAAAGAAAGUGGCAAUAACUAUGUGAGUUUGAAAUGCACAUACCCUUUGACUCAGCAAUCCUGCUUUGAGGACUUUACUUGUCCUUGUGCAAAGAUGAGAAAAUGUUUGUUGAUUCAUUGUUUGCAUUAAUAAAAGACUGGAAAAACCUAAAA